AUGUCAUCCACCUUCCUCGGCAGCAACUCGAUCGUCAACACGUACAAUGGCACCUCGGCCUCCAACGCCCCGCACUCGGCAGAUGAGCCGCUGUUCGCGCCCAUCUCAAAUUCCUCCAACCCGAACCCAUCGCGCGUCUGCUACUUCUUCGACUCGGACAUCGGCAACUACCACUACGGCCCGGGCCAUCCGAUGAAGCCCACGCGCAUCCGCAUGUGUCACUCCCUCGUGAUGAACUACGGCCUGUACAAGCGCAUGGAGAUCUUCCGCGCAAAGCCGGCGACCAAGCGCGAGAUGUCGCAGUUCCACACGGACGAGUACGUCGAGUUCCUCAACCGUGUCACUCCGGACAACGUCGACUCGUUCGUGCGCGAGCAGGCCAAGUUCAACGUCGGCGACGACUGCCCUGUUUUCGAUGGCCUUUUUGAAUACUGUUCGAUAUCCGCGGGCGGGUCCAUGGAAGGUGCGGCGAGGUUGUCGCGCGACAAGUGCGAUAUCGCCAUCAAUUGGGCUGGAGGUCUGCACCACGCCAAAAAGGGCGAGGCAAGCGGGUUCUGUUACAUCAACGAUAUCGUGCUCGGCAUCCUCGAGCUGCUCCGCUACCACCCCCGUGUGCUGUACAUCGACAUCGACGUGCAUCAUGGAGAUGGCGUCGAAGAGGCUUUCUACACCACUGACCGUGUCAUGACCUGCUCGUUCCACAAGUACGGCGAGUUCUUCCCCGGUACUGGCGAGUUGCGCGACAUCGGCAUUGGCAAGGGCAAAAUGUACUCGUGCAACUUUCCCCUGCGCGAUGGCAUCACCGACGAGAGCUACAAGACCGUCUUUGAGCCGGUCAUCUCGCAGAUCAUGCAGCACUACCAGCCGUCCGCCGUCGUGCUGCAGUGUGGCAGCGACUCGCUGGCGGGCGACAAGUUGGGCUGCUUUAACCUCUCGAUGCGCGGGCAUGCCAACUGCGUCGAGUACGUCAAGAGCUUCGGCCUGCCGCUGCUGCUGCUCGGCGGAGGUGGGUAUACCAUGCGCAACGUCAGUCGCGCGUGGGCGUUCGAGACAGGCUUGGCGGCGGGGCAGGAGCUCAACCCGCAAAUCCCUGUCAACGAAUACUACGAAUACUUCGGCCCCGAUUACCGCCUCGACGUGCGACCGAACAAUAUGGAGGACCUCAACACGAGAGAGUACCUCGAGAAGAUCAAGAUCCAGGUGUUUGAGAACCUGCGUCAGACGGCGCACGCCCCCUCAGUGCAGGGCCACGUCGAACCGCGCAGCAUCGCCGAGCAGCUCCAUCUGCAGAACAUGAAUGGCGAUGCGGACGAGGCUAUGGAUCUGGCGGACAAGAACGGGCUUCAGGCGCUCGAGGAUGCGCACCCGGAUCAGAGAGUGGUGGACAACCAGCAGUUCCAGGACUACUCGAGGAGGGGGGACGACGAGCUGGAUCGCGAGGGCAGAGCCAACCCGAGCAGAGUCGAUGACGACGGCGCUGCGGAGACGGGAGAGAAUGGCCGGGUGGUGGGGAUAGCCGAGGCGACGAAUCCGACGGCGGACCACGAGGAGGACGCGAUCGAUGAGAAGAUCGAGGCGGACGCAAUCGCAAAGCAGCAGGCCAAGAAAGAGGAGGCUGAGCAAGAGGCAGCGCAGCCGCAGCAGCCGCAGCAGCAACAGCAGCAACAGCAGGAGCAGCAGCCACCGGCGGAACUAGAGACUGCAACGACCGCUGUGGUUGAUGCUGCCCCAUCCACCGCAGAGCCGGAAGCUACCACCGCUACCACCGCCGCGCCACCUGCACCGGAGGAAGCAUCGACAGAAACGAUCACUGCAGCUCCACCAGCCGGCGACCCAGCCCCACCUGCCACCACACAAACACCACAACCCCCCUCUCAACCAGCAGACUCAUCUAUGGACGUCGAUCAAUGA